AUGAAUUCAACUCAAGAUUCGGUGUCUCAGACUCCUGCAGGAAUAACAACGAAUUUCGAAAGACCAGCCAACCUCUUCCAAGCUUCGACUGCGUAUACGAGUUUGUGCUUUGCUAUCGCCACAAUAUGCUUUUUCGUGCGAGUUUACACCCGAGUUCUUUUCUUUCGACAAGCCAAGCUUCAUGACUUGUUCCUUGCUAUUACAUGGAGUCUCUACCUCGGCUACACGGUCAUUGUUUACUUGAUUUUGCGUGGGUGUCCUCGCAUUGCUCAGGGAGAUGUGCCACUCGACAUCUUGAAUAGAAUAUUCUACUACUUUGACGUCGAGUUGGUUUUGUACGAUUGUAUCAUGUUCUUCAUGAAACUCACAAUCUUGCUCCAAUACAUCGAGAUUUUCGCAUACAAAUCGGUGAACCGGACAAUGUACUGGCUCUGCUAUUUUAUGAUAUUUGUGAACUUUGUGCUAUACUUUAUCAGUGUCGUGCUCGAGAUCGUUGUCUGCCGUGGUGUGCACACGCCGUGGGAAGGGAUUGAUAGCGGUUAUUCGUGUCCUUUCAACAUUCUAAUGCUCAACGUUGUCGUGAAUGCCUUCAACUCGGUAUCCAAUAUCGCCAUUUUGAUUCUACCGCAAGUGAGCAUCUGGAAUUUGCAGCUGGAACUUGGGAAGAAAAUCGGUAUCUCUAUUUUGUUUCUCAUGGGUUUAUUUGCUUGUGUCGCAUCCAUUGUCCACCUUACGUAUACGGUCAUAGUCCUCCGUGGCUCCGACAACACCGCCUACUACCUUUUCCUAUCCGCUCUAUGGACCUAUCCCGAAACAUCCUUUGGUAUAGUGGUCGCCUGCCUUCCCGUACUGCCGAAAUUCUUCCGCGAAAUGAGACAAAUUACCAGACAAAGCAAUUCCGUUUUUCGUAUGCGUUUAUUCUGCGAGGGGUGCUGUACGUCGCGGCAAUCGUACAAGAUCAAAUCGAGCAAAUUGAGCAAUGGGGCAUUCAGCGACGAUAGUCAUCCCCUCACAGACCCGCAAGCCACGAUCCUGGAGAGGCCUGUAUCCAUAUCUUUAGGAUGGAACAAAUCAGAAGAGAGAAUACUUGCGGCAACGACCCCGUUGUCUGAGUUGCGGCAUUCUCCUUGA